AUGUGCUUGCAUCUCCUUUCGGUCUGCUCUGUGGUGGUGCCUCCUUCAAGGGCGCCCAGGGCGGUCGGAGAGCUUCGUGCAGGGCUCCAAAGAAACCCGGAGUACUUCGUCAUGGACAUGGGGGCUUCGUUGUCGGAGCUCAACUCCUGCAGCUCGGGUGGAACGAGGCUGGGCUACGCAGACUGCCUGGGGUGGUCUUCCCGCGGAGGUUCGGAGCCGUUGCCAUACGACGACUCGAGCCUGGCGCAGGACUGCAUGAGGACACUGCUGCGAAUCGAAAACAGUGCCAUGGCGCCGAAGGCAGGGAGGAUCGUGAAGAGCCUGGCAAAGCCCAAAGUGGCGCCAAGGCAAUGGCCGCCCAAGGUUCCCAUGGGCCCCAUCGAGGACAUACUGCCACUCAUUGCCGAGGAUGAUGAGUCCUUAGACACCCUGAUGCUUCCAUCCCCCGGCUUGCUGGAUGGAGCAGAAGGAGUGGCCUUCGGCCCCGAAGAAAUAGAAUACGUUUGCACGUGCCUGGAAAAGAAUACGAGCGUGACGCAUCUGAACGUUUCAAUGUCACCGAUUGGGGACGCUGGAGCCGCUCAUAUCGCGACACUACUUGAGAAAAGAACGCCGAUCGCGCGGUUGUCCUUGAAUAGCUGCGGCAUAGGCUCGGAGGGUGCGAGAGCUCUGGCUGAAUCUUUGUCCCGGUCUGACGUGAUCGUCGUGGAGCUGACGAGCAAUCGCAUUGAUGACGCCGGAGGAAAGGCUCUCUUGGAGGCAGUGCUUCAGAACAAGAAGCUAAAGGAACUGAAGCUGUCCUUCAAUUGUCUUUCUCAAGGACUCGAGGCUGAGAUGGACAAGGACAUGAUUGGGGGUGAUGAGGUGGCAUGGGUCCGCAGUUCGGAAGGCCUGCCGGAUGCUGUGGAACUCUUUGUGAAGAGACCCGGCCUGGAUCCGCUGACAUCGGCCACUCGAAAGGAUCUGCACAUAGACUGGACGGGAUUGGAAAGAAGGACCUACUCUGUGCGACUCCUCUACAACGAGGCGCUGUUCAAGCGCCAAGCCCCAAAGCUCUCGAUGCGAUUGCAGAACGAGCCCCUGUGGUCGAAGGCGGAAAUCCUGCUUGCUGGAUUGGGCCUCAGCAAGGAUGAUGUUGUUUUUGCGUCACGACUUUCCUUGUUUACCAGUAGCGGACUCUUAGUUGUACCGAUGGCACCGGCGUGGCUGUCACUUGUCUUCGCUCAGUAUGUGCUCAUCCUCGCCACCAUUGAAGCAGAUUGCGAAACAACUGCCUGUAGCAGCAACAUGCUUGUGCAGCUACGGGCAAAGGUGGCGAGGCGACAGGAGGCAAUAGAUGUGGUACAUAUCCUGUCAAUGGGCCGUGAGGCAUCGUGCUUUGUUCUGGAUUUGGUUGCUGGAAAUGGCUCUCAUCCAACAAUCUUUGAACCAUUGGGUGGAGUCGUUGAGGGCGAAGGGAUUGUUACAAUGCCAGCGUGGCAAACAGAUUCGGUUUUGCAGUGCCUGUACGAUUGCCACAACUGCACCGGCAACGUCGUCAAUCGCGAUUCUUAUUCGAAUCUACAGAGCUAUUGUGAAAAGUUGGACAAAACCCCAGACACUGCACCAUACUUGGUUGUCAAGACAACCCGCAUCGUAGAUCAUGGAGCGUUGGUGAGAGCUGUACCGGCUGAGUAUUUGGCCAACUCCCGAUUCAUCGUGUUGCUGCGGGACCCAAGAGGAGUAUGGGCGUCGACGAAGCCAUUCAGCGGAUGGGCCAUUCACUCCAUUCCCCUGAUUUGUGAGCUGCUUGCGCUGCAAGCGUUGACAUUGCCAGAGCUUUCCCUGGCUGUCGGUCGACGCUUGCUGAUCAGUGUUUAUGAAAGAUGGACCCUGGACACAUCCAGGUUUGGUGGUGAGGUUGCCAGACUCGUGAACGAGGACAUGCAGGCAUUUCGGGCGCUCGGAAAGGAUGGACAGAGAGCAACCGACGAAUUACUGCCUCCGUCGUGGGUUGCUGACCUGUCCACUGAUGAGUUGACUGAGAUUGAGAACAACGACAACUGCAGAGCAUAUAUGCAAAGGGUGGGGUAUGCUGCUGGCUCGUGGAACGCGUCCGACAUCAAGGACCAAGCAGGCCUCGUCGCUGCCCUUUCGCCAGCGGAGGCCGCAGUUCUCAGCACACUGCGCAGCAAGCAGUCUGCUCUGCAAACUUCAGUGGCAAGCCCCUCGGAGGCGCAGAAACUCGUCUUCACACCUGCCGCGAAGAAUGUGAAGGGGUGA